AUGCCGGCCGCCAAGGGCCCUAGAUUGCCGUGCAGGCUGCCUAUGCGUGCAACCCAAGGCGCAACGGGGGUUCCGCCAAAGGACCGUCUCAUGGCUUGGCUGCCUUCGAUUGACGCUUCUCGCUAUUACAUGCAUACCAUGGCUCACGUUGACACUGGUGACCAGGCCGCCCGCAUGACUGGCUGGCAUCAGUCUGGUCCUGAUGUCUAUUGGACCAGUCCACUCAUGUCUGCCAGUGGUGGGCUCCUCCCUCACUGUCACGGUCUCGCUGACUCAUGGGCAAAUGCCAAGAUGGUCUCGAUGUUUGUUUCGAUGUCCGAGUCAUCGUCAAAGGGCCACGAGGAGCCAAGAGACAUGGAACUUGGCAACUCGGCUUAG